GCGGACCCGCCUGCGCUCACCUGCGCACCUCGGCAGCGGGGCAGCGCCAGAGAAGCGGUGAUGGCGGCGCACGGCUGGCUCUGGGGGUGCCUCUUCUUCGCAGGUUGGGGGUCCCUGGUUCUGGGUAGAGACGAAAUCGAAGUCCGUGAGAAUGGAACUGUGAGCCUGCCUUGCAAAGCCAUACACUCCCAACCUAACCCGAUACGCCAGGAGUGGAAGUUCCAGAAAGAUGGCCUCACCCUGCUCUUCUACCACGCCAACAAGUUCACAGAUAACUACAAGAAUCGUGCCACCUUCACCCCGUAUGAAAUCCAGCUCACAUCAGUGACCCGCAAAGACUCGGGCACAUACACAUGCGAAGUCCUCGGAGAAUCUUUUGCGCAGUCACAAGUGAUCCUGAUUGUGCAAGUGCCCGCCGCCAAGCCCACUGCCCACGUUCCUUCAGUGGUGACCAUUGGAAACAAGGUAGUCCUGAGAUGUGAGGAGACUGACGCCAACCCCCGUCCAACUUUCAAAUGGUUCAAGAACAAUGUCCAGAUGCCCCCCGAUCCCAAAACCAGCACCAUCUUCAAGAAUUCAUCCUACACCAUCGACUCGGACACAGGCGUGCUGGCCUUUGAGCCCGCCACAGCCCUGGACGCGGGCGACUAUUUCUGCGAAGCCCAGAACAAGGUGGGGCCCCCCCAGCGGUCGGAGGUGAUUCACAUGGAAACCAGUAAACUCAAUGUGGGUGGGAUCGUGGCGGCCGUGGUAGUUCUCCUAAUCAUCCUGGGACUGGUCAUUUUCGGCAUUUGGUUCGGUUACAAUCGGGGCUAUUUCAGCAAAAGAACAACAAGUACCAGUAAGAAGGUCAUUUACAGCCAGCCUUCCAACCGAAGCGACGGUGACUUUAAACAAACUUCUUCCUUCCUGGUCUGAUCGUGGCUUACGGACUUUGCCUUUUACAGGAGUGCUGUAAAUGUUCCCAGUGGAUCUUUGUAAUUAAGUGUGAUUUUUUUUCAGUGGUUAUUUUGUUAAUAUAUAUAAAUAUAUGUAUGUGUAUAAAAUAAUAGUUUGCCUUUACAUAUUUUUUUUAAAAAAACAGUUGCUAUUUAAAAAGGCGGUGCUUCCAGCCUUCUAUUCAGAAUAUUUUCAUCGUUUUUAAGAACUGGAGCCUUGAGUUCUGGUACAAAAGGACUUAAUUCCGUAGUGUGCCUAAUUUUUUCAGGCUGAUAUCUUGUCACUCAAAUUCAGUUUGAGGUAGUUAUGAGUUUAAGGACAGGGGUUAAGAAGUGGAUUUCAUUUCUGUCCUCCAAAAGUCAGUCGUUCCCAACCUUGGCAACUUUAAGAUGGGUGGACUUCAACUCCCAGAAAGAUGGCUGGGGAAUUCUGGGAGUUGAAAUCCACCCAACUUAAAGCUGCCAUGGUUGAGAAACGCUGAUCCAGAGGCCAAAUUUGAACAAGAACCCAACUCCUGCAUUUAAUUGUGUAGCAGAUAAAAUAGCCAUAGUGCAUUCUCUCUGUCAAGGAAGUUUGUGCUGAAGGACGAUUGCUAAACCUCUCUUCCUUAGGGAGGGAGUUAGAUUUGCUGAAAUUACUCCAGCUAGGACUCUCUCUCUCUUACCAUUAUUUGCUUUUAUUAAUAUUAUGAUAUUCUUAUACUUUU